AUGUCGUCGCGUAAAACAGCUGGUCGCCGUGGGACAAACAAGAAGCGAGCUCAACGCGCUACCUCCAAUGUCUUCGCCAUGUUUGAUCAGGCACAGAUUUUGGAGUUCAAAGAGGCUUUUAACAUGAUUGAUCAAAACCGAGAUGGAUUCGUUGACAAGGAUGAUCUCCAUGACAUGCUUGCAUCUCUAGGUAAAAAUCCAAAUGAUGACUACUUAGAGGGCAUGAUGAAUGAAGCACCAGGUCCAAUUAAUUUCACCAUGUUCCUCACCUUGUUUGGUGAACGUUUGCAAGGGACUGAUCCAGAGGAUGUGAUUAAGAAUGCUUUUGGAUGUUUCGAUGAAGAGAACUUAGGAGUGAUUCAAGAAGACCGCCUGCGUGAGUUGCUGACGACCAUGGGCGAUCGUUUUACUGACGAUGACGUAGAUGAGAUGCUUCGGGAGGCACCCAUUCGCGAUGGACUCUUUGACUAUGUGGAGUUUACACGCAUCCUUAAACAUGGCGCUAAAGACAAGGACGAGCAGUAA